GCCUGGACUUUUUAGCUGGGCCUCGCCAAGUGCCCGCCGGGUCAGUGUGCUCGGUACGGGGCUUAACCCCCGGUAGCAAUGCCCGGGCCAGGCUCCAGAACUGCCCCGCGAGGGGGUGCCGGGUAUCAUCGCCUCCCCUUCGCGGCCCGGGGGGAGCGGAACUGACUUGGCCCAAGGCCACAGAAGCGAGUCGGAGGCAGAGCUGAGGCUAGAAUCGGGAGCUCUGGGUUCCCAGUCUUGUGCCCAGUUAACCAAAGCCUGGUGCCUGGUUUCCUUGUCAGUUAAUAGACCCCUGCGAGGAAUUUGCUGCAGGAUCACACUUGAGUCCACAUCCCUUCCUCCAUCGACUCCCAUUUAAAAUGUCGAGAGUACCACGAACAGGCUGGGUGUACAGGAAUGUAGAGAAACCAGAGAGUGUAUCAGAUCAUAUGUACAGGAUGGCAGUCAUGGCUUUGGUAACUGAAGAUAAACAACUUAAUAAAGACAGAUGUGUACGGCUAGCUCUGGUUCAUGAUAUGGCUGAAUGCAUUGUUGGAGAUAUAGCACCUGCAGAUAACAUCUCCAAAGAGGAGAAACAUCAGCGAGAGGAGGAGUCUGUCUUUCAGGCAGCUAUGAAACAUUUGACCCAGCUGCUAUCAGAAGGCCUGAGAAAAGAAAUCUAUGAACUCUGGGAAGAAUAUGAACACCAGUCUACAGCAGAAGCCAGAUUUGUAAAAGAGCUGGAUCAGUGUGAGAUGAUACUCCAAGCAUCUGAGUAUGAAGAGUUGGAAAAAAUGCCUGGAAGACUGCAGGACUUUUAUGAUUCAACUUCAGGAAAAUUUAAUCACCCAGAAGUAGUCCAACUUGUGUCUUCCAUUAAUAUAGAAAGAAAUAAAAAAAUAGCUGCUACAGCAAGUGAGCCAUGCACUUGAUUGAUUUUAAAGCUUCUGUAGCUAAAAUAAAAUAUUUAUUUUGCUGCUACAGCAUCACUAAUUUUUUCAGGAGUGUUUUUUCUUUCCAUUAAUUGCUGGGAAUCCAUGAAAAAAAUAUAGAUAAGGGAAAUUGGCAUCCUAUGAUAUCAAAUGCAAAAUUAUCCUGAGAUCAAACAGUGUAACUAGGGUUGUGUCUUUUUUUUAGUUUGAUGCAACCUGUUAACUUGUAUAGUCAAUUGCUUGAUCCAAUUUUGUUCAUUAUGAAAUACAGUAGAACCU